GAGAGAGAGAGAGAGAAUCCCAAGCAGGCUCCAUGCUGUCAGCGCAGAGCCCGGUGUGGGGCUUGAACUCACGAACUGUGAGAUCACGACCUCAGCCGAAACCGAGAGUCGGAUGCUUAACCGACUGAGCCACCCAGGCGCCCCAUCCCCGCAGAAGUUUUAGAAAUAAAGAAGUUAAAAAGAGGAGCAUGAAAAUUACCCUUUUGUAACGGUUACUGUUGACAUCGGUUUUAUCUUAUUUCCUUACUUCUCUACAGUUGAGGAAACUGAGGUAGGGAAACAUUAGGUAACUUCCCAAAGUCAUGGAGCUACAGCGUAGCAGAGUCGGGACUUGAGCCCACGGUGUAGACCGAGCCCGUCCCAUCAGGCUGUUGUGAGGUCUCAGGGGACCGAGGCAUGCCAAGGGGGCCCCCUGGAUGCAGGGCUCUGGGAAAGGAGGGGCGCUCAGCAGGGGAAGAGGGACACGGCCCUCAGGCCGGUUUCUACACUGUCCUUGUGUGUGUGGAGCAGGAGGAUGGAGCCUAGGCUGGAGCCCAAUGCCACGUUCACCUCCGGGCUCACAGCCACACCUGAGCGACCGCUCCGUCUCAUCUUUGCCGGAGUCUGCGGCCUCAUCCUGCUGGUGGGGCUGGUGGCCAACGGGCUCAUGCUGGUGGUGGUGGGCCGGGCCUCAGGCGCCCCCCGUCCGCUCCUCGCCCUGACCAACAGCCUCAUGGUGAACAUCACGCUGUCUGACCUGCUCUUCCUGGCCUGCGUGGUGCCCGUGCUGCUGCUCAGCUUCCUGCGGCCCCACUGGUGGCUGGGCCCCGUCCUCUGCACUGCCAGCCAGGCCACCAACAACGCCACCAUGUUCUGUACCUUCUACAGCACGGUGGCCACGGCUCUUCUGCGCCACGUGGCCGUGGCCUGGCCCGACGUGGCCCUCCCGUCUGGCCGGGGCGCCCGCCUGCUGCUCUGUGGGGCCGCGUGGGGCCUGGGCCUCACUGCGUCAUUGCCUACCUGGCUGUUCCAGAGGGUGGUCGUGGAGGAGGGGGCCGUGGGGGCCCCGGCCUGCCUCUUGCUCCUGAGCCCUGCCCAGGCCUCCUGCUACUUCAGCCUGCUGGGAGCCCUGGCCUUCCUGCCUUGUACGCUGGGGCUGGGCUGCUCUUUCGGCCACGUGGGCUGGCUCCUGCGGACACGGCCCCGUGGCCCCAGCGGGGAGAGCGUCCGGGAGCACCAGGAGAACGCAGGGCUCAUCCUUGUGGUGCUGGUGGUCUUCGUGCUGAUGUGGGGGCCCUGCUCUGUGCUGGGCUACGUGGCAGCCGUGGGUGGCCUGCCUGGGUGGCUUUCGUGGAGUCCAGCCUCUGCACCAUCCUGGCCUAUUCCAACUGUGCGGUCAGCCCCAUCCUCUGCUUCUACCUCUCCUGCCCCUUCCGGGCAGGGUUCAGGGACCUCUUCUGCAGGCCAAGGGCAGCCAGGCACCCUGGGGGUGUGGGCGGGGCCGGUAUGGUGAUGGAGAGCAUCCAGCCUGGCCUCAACCCAGGUCCCGGGAGGCCUCUGGGGUCUGGCGAGGGUCUGAGAAGAUAGGCUGACGGGAGAGCUGAGAGUCAAGAGAGAUGGGAAGACCCUUAGCGACGUUAGAGCCGGUCCCCUCCAUUUUACCAGUGGGGACCCUGAGAUCCAGAGAGGGCAGGUGGCCCAGCAAAGGUGAGACAGCAACCAAAAUGGCAACUAGGUUGAUGCUCCCAUUCCACCUUGGGACUCAGAUACCUGUAGGCUCUACUACUUUCUAGUGGUGUGACCCUGAACAAGUCCCUUAACCUCUCCAUGGCUCCGUCUUCUCAUCUGAAAAGUGGGAUGAUGGUAGCACCUUCUUCACAGGGUUGUUAUAAAGAUACUCGUAACACACAUAGAGUGCUCAGAACACCUGCUGCUUCGUAAGUGCAUAUGAGUGUUGGUCAUCGCGAUUAUUAUCAUCAUCAUUUUAUUUUUACUAAUUCAGGGGCACUUGAGGGGGGUGGACAAGAGAUCGGUAAAGGGACUUCCAAAGGCAGAAGUGUGGAGGGGAAUGACCUGGGGAAUGACAGUCCAGGGUCCUUAAUCCUGAGGGCCUGUGGAGCAAAUAGGGGUGAGGAGGGAAGACAGCUGCACCCGGGGUGGGAGCCCAGAGGCCAGGAGAGCCUUUCAGCUGCCUCUCCCUCCUCUGCCUGCCCUCUCCUAGCUCAGUCACACACACCUCUCAGCCCCACAAGGGAACACAAAGUCAACCUUUGUGCCGUGACUUUCUGAACGCCCUCCUUUCUUCUCUGUGGUUUCCUUCCUCUCUCCAGAGAAAUUAAAGGUCCCCACCUCUCCUACCCAACCUCCUCUGAGAAGCUCCCAAACUCCAUGCCCUGCCUCUGGCCUCCUGGUAGCAGGCCUCAGUCUUCUGUGUUAGUGGUGGAACCAGGGAGGUGAUCUCUACUUAAAGCCCUAAGAAUGUUCAACGUUUUCUGCUUGGUAACAGUGUUACAGCUAAACACACACACACUCUCUCUCUCUCUGACUCCAUGGUCAAAAAGCUUUGGAAACACCGGAUUGAACCAAGUUAAACUGGUCUCUUUGCUGCAGGACUUAUCAGAGCCUUGAAUGCCCCAAAGGCCACUGGGAUUCUCUGAGAGGGGCUCAGAGUAGGCAGUUCCCCAAAAUCCAUGCCAAAAAACCAAUGUUUCAUGGGCCAUACCUUGAGAAAUAACCCAGGAGAGAAGCUACAGUGUCAAGCUCAGUAAAGAUGCACUUGGCCCCCCUUGGGCAGUGGCUCUGAGACUUGAUUCCCCUGCCAGGUGGGCAUCUCUGCUUGAUGCUUUCCCACAGACGUCCAAGGUGAGGCAAAAUGGGUCACUGGUUAUGGGAACUUCCCUCUUCCCAAGCUAUGACCCCACCCGGUUCCCACUCCAAGCAUAUCGGAAUGCAAGUCAGAGGGUGAUCUAAUUAUAGGGACAGCCAUGAAUCAGCUCUAGUUUACUAUAAAAUCAUAAGAAGUAAGUCCCCAACUUUG